ACGUCACUAUGGAAACCGUUACGUAGCUACAUACAGGAAGGGGAAUCCUACCGGAAGUAAGCCAGAAACAACUUGUUCCUCUAAUAGUUCGCUGGGUAAACUCUUUACAACAACAAAAGUCCACUUUCCACUCCAAAUUAUCAACAUGGGAACUACGGCAAGUCAACUUGGGAAGGAUUUACUCUCAGAAUAUCAAGAGCUGACAUUCUUGACAAAACAAGAAAUUCUCCUUGCUCACAAGAGAUUCACUGAACUGCUCACAAAAGAUGAGAAAGACCUUCCAAAUACAAGAGCACCCAUGGAGAGGAUUCUCACUCUGCCAGAGCUCAAGUCCAACCCUUUCAGGAAAAGAAUCUGCUACGUGUUCUCAACAUCUGAACACAAAGACGGAAGCCUCACAUUUGAGGACUUUCUGGAUCUCUUGAGUGCCUUCAGCGACUCCGCUACUCUGGAAAUCAAAUCCCACUAUGCAUUCCGUAUAUUUGACUUUGACGAUGAUGGGACUCUUGAUUGUGGCGAUCUGGAGAAGCUGGUAAACUGCCUGACCGGCGAGACAGAUGAGACGAGACUAACCACGGAAGAAAUGAGACAGCUCAUCAGCAACAUUCUUGAAGAGUCAGACAUCGACAAGGAUGGAACCGUGAACCUCUCAGAGUUUCAGCAUGUCAUUUCAAGGUCACCAGAUUUCGUCAGUUCUUUCAAGAUUGUCCUGUGAAAACCUCUAAGGGUCUGUGGAAAUGCAUCGCCUUUUAACUCUCAUAUGGUGUUUAAUUUUCAAUUAGAAUUUUAGAUAUUUGCCUUAAAUUAUAUUUACCUGUGGAUUUUACUGCCUUAACUAUUGUAUGCAUUGUUUGUGAAAUGCAAAACCUGUGAUUUUUUAUUUUUAUUUCUAUAAAGAAAAUUAAAAAUAUUUCCAUUUA